UAUGUAUUGAAGUGCUCGUGAAAAUUAUAAAAUGAAUCUUUUUCUGUUUUUAUUCACGUUAUUUUCAAUCUGUGUGUUAGAAUCACAUAGCUGGGCCGACAAUAGAGUGAGGAAAUUCAAAAAGGAUUUCUCGUUUGGGGUUGCCACAUCAGCAUAUCAAGUAGAAGGUGCUUGGGAUAAAGAUGGUAAAGGCGAAAGUAUUUGGGACAGAUACCACCAUACUCAUUCGGAGAUGAUCAAAGAUGGCAGGAACGGUGAUGAGGCGUGUGACUCCUACCAUAAAUACAAAAGAGAUGUGGAGAUGUUGAGAGAGUUGGGAGUGCAUCACUAUAAAUUCUCUAUUUCCUGGCCGCGAGUGUUGCCAAAUGGUUUAGCAAACGAGAUAAAUGAAGCAGGACUUGAAUACUACGACAAUUUGAUAAACGAACUAUUGAAAUACAACAUACAGCCCAUGGUUACUAUGUACAAUCUAGAUUUACCCCAAAACCUCCAAGAAUUAGGCGGCUGGACCAACCCUCUUGUAAGCCAGUGGUUCGAAGAUUACGCAGAGGUUUUGUUCGAGAAGUUUUCAGAUAGAGUGAAGCUUUGGAUAACGAUUAACAAUCCGACGACAGUUUGCUUUGAGACGUAUUCGGGGAUUUUAGCGCCAGGGAUCAACUCAACUGGGAUUGGAGACUAUUUGUGUGUGAAAAAUGUUUUGGUCGCCCAUGCUAAGGCGUACAGGUUGUAUGAGAGUACUUACAAGAAGAGAUAUAAAGGUAAAAAUAAAGUUUUUAUACAGCCAAUGAUGAAGGCAACACCAUAUCGACGGCUCCUAAGUAUACUGAGUCAACUAUACUUCUAAUAACUUUACAGGAAGGCGAUAAGAAGAUCAAAUGGUUAUAUUUAAAUUGUUAGUACAACCAAGAAAAAAUAACUAAUUUUAGUGAAUUAAAUAUAAUAAAGCCUUUCAUCUGUCCAUAACAAAUUUAAUAUUAUUUUAUUAAUUUAUGAGAUAAUGUAGAUAGACUAGUAUACGGCGAUUAUUUGUUUCUUAAAAAUGGAUCAAGUACCACUUACAUUUUUAUACGUCGUAUUAUUAAAUCUACGUUAGGGGGAAUAAUUACUUUACAAGUGUGGCAAAUAAUAUUUUUAUUUAGUUA